AUGUUUGAUGUACCGCCCAAGUUUUACGAGCUGUGUCGCCUUUGUUUAUCGUCGGACGGUGUCAAAUUGUCCAUAUUCGAGGAGGAAGGCGCCCAGCGAAAUUUCGCCGACAAGAUAUUAACAUGUCUCUCAAUCACGGUAAAAGACGGUGAUUCUUUACCACCAAUCAUAUGUCACCGAUGUGUAUACAAGUUAGAUGUACUACAUAAUUUUCGUGAAGUCUCGCAUAAAUCUGAUGUCAUAUUGAAACAGUACCUGGAUUAUGCCAAGCAAUUAUCAUCUAAUGAUAAUCAGAAAAAAUCUUUCUCCACUGCCAAAAUAGCAGGAUUAAAUCCAGUACAAUCUUUUAUUCAAUUAAAUAAAACGUUAUUUAAUGAGGAACCAAAUUCUCCAGCCAGCAUUAAUCAAAACAUAAUACCUCAAACGCAAACACACAGAUUAGAGCUGCGUGCAAAUGAAGUAUUAGAAAAUGAUAAUAUUAAAUGUGAACCAGAGGAUGAUACGUGUUCUUAUAGUUCAGAUCCAGAUAGACUCGAAAUUGAGGAUCGGGAUGAGCAAGAAACUGAAGGUGAAGAAAAUGGUUAUGAUAUGACAAUUAAUAAACGAUUAAAAUUGGAAAAUAAUUAUGAAAAUUCCAAACCAAAUACACCUGAUCAUAGUCCAGUUAAUAGGAUGGAUACACCAGAGAGCAAUUGUUCAGAUACUCAUAUUGACCAAGAAACUACAAAGCUGUGGCAAGCCCUUGCAAAUAAUAGGAAUUUGGAAAUAACACGAACAAAAGGAGAUAAAUUAAAUAAUGGUUUCACUGGAGAAGCGACUAAUUUGCUUCGAUCUUUAAUCAAAAAUAGACAAAUCGGUAUUACUGCUGUCGAUUCUGAUAGAAUAUCUACACAAAUAAGAUUUUAUAGGGACACUCAAGGAACUACAAUCGAGCAUUCAUUACCUGAUUCUUCUGUACUUGGGAAUUGUACCACUAUGCCGUGCAUAGAAAACAAGAUUACUUCUAUGGACAGUAAUCCAUCCAGUCCAGCUAGUAUUGGACGAAAAGAAACGAAAGGUCGAAGGAAACAAAGUUAUCCGAGUAAGGCUCCAACAAGCCCAGAUACUGCUAAUUAUCAACAUGAAUCUAGUGAAGAACAAGCACAAGAUUUUACCGCAUGGUCACAUAAAAUGAAAGGAAAAGUUGAAGAUCAAAAACAACAAUUUGAUCAGCAAACCGGUAAUAUCACAAAAAAAGUUGAUAUGUCUUGCACAAAUUGUGGUACCAUGACUACAACAAUCUGGCGAAGAAAUAUGAAGGGUGAAAUGGUUUGUAAUGCGUGUGGACUUUAUUACAAACUUCAUGGAGUUAAUCGUCCAGUUACUAUGCGAAGAGACACGAUACACACACGUAGACGCAGACCUAAAGGCGAAAAACCAACACGACAUAGAAAGAAAGGAGAUACGGCGGUAAUACCACCACAAUCUGAGCAAAUGGACUCUGAAAGUGCUGAUAUGCUAGCAGCUUUGCGUCGACAAAUUCAACCUCAUCUCAUGAUGGCAGCAUUAACGCCACCACGUAUACCUGCCAAUCACGGUCCACCAGCUGCUCAACUUAAUUAUUCACUUCCUUUGUCUAGUUAUAUGAUGCAUCAUGUGAAAACUGAAGCUCAAGACCAACAACAACGUCUUUCGGUAAAGACUGAAGAGAUAGAGGAUGGAGAUGAAGAAAAUGUUUCGGAUGUACCAUUAAAUCUGGUUGCGACGUCAUUAGCCGAAGAUACGCAUUGAGAAAAUUUUAGUUUUUUUCUUUUUUUUUUUUUUUCCAUUUUUUUUUCAUUUUUUUUCAUUUUUUUUUCUUUUUUUUUUUCUUUUUUUUUUUUUUUCUUUUGAAGACAUCGUUAUUAGGUAUACAUAAGAAAGAAUCUCUAGGCAGUAUGAUCGACCCAGUGGUACAUGAGGCGUAAAAAUUUUACGCCUUAUCUGUCAACAUAUUUAAUUAUUAUAGCUAUUUUUUUUAGCUAUUCCCUCAUCUCUUCGCUCUUUAUGUCUCGAAAAAUUGAGAUGAUAUACA